CGGCGUUUGAGCCUCGGCGGGGCCCGUAGCCGGGCCUCUCGCUCAGCCUCAACAUAGCGGCGGCGCUGCGCGGGGGGCGGGAAGUUUCCGGGACGCCAGUUGAGGACUUCAGUGAGUCUGGACUACUGUUACUGAAAUGAUACUACAGAAGGCAGCAAUUGCACUGUGUUUGUUGGAUGAAACCCAAGUAUUUACUUUCAGCCAAGUGGGUAAAACCCCCUAACUGCAGUUUACAUGUGUAAAUCACUGCGUUACUGUGUUAGUCAUUGUCUCUAUGCAGCAAUGACAAGGCUAGAAGAAGCAAACAGAGAAGUGAACAUGCACUCAUCAGUCAGAUACCUUGGCUAUCUCGCCAGAAUCAACCUCCUGGUUGCCAUUUGUAUGGGCCUUUAUGUCAGAUGGGAAAAAACGGCAGAUGCACUGAUUUUGGUAAUAUUCAUUCUAGGGCUCUUUGUUCUUGGAAUUGCCAGCAUACUGUAUUACUAUUUUUCAAUGGAAACAGCAAGUCUGAGUCUCUCCAAUCUCUGGUUUGGUUUUUUGCUUGGCCUUCUCUGUUUCCUUAAUAGUUCUGCAUUCAAAACAGAUGUGAAAGAAGAAGCUACAAAAUACUUGCUCCUCUCCGCCAUCGUUUUAAGGAUAUUAUAUGCUUUGGUUGAGAGGAUUUGUGGUUGUAUCCAUCAUCGACCAACUCUGCUGACAACAGUUGAAUUUUUGGAGCUAGUUGGGUUUGCAAUUGCCAGCACAACUAUGCUGGUAGAAAAAUCUGGAAGUAUUAUUCUGUUGGUCAUGGCUUUGGCCAUGUUGAUUAUUGACUUGCGUAUGAAGUCUUCUUUGGCAAUUCCAAAUUUGGCAAUUUUUGGAGCCAUUGCGUCUUUACUCUUUUUUCCAUCACUGCAGAUCCCCACAAACCCUUUUGCCUUGGCAUGUUUCUUCAGCUGCCUGAUUUCAAAUCCCCUUCUCGACGUUUACUUCAGUGGCCUUUCAGUUACUGAACGAUGGAAGCCCUACUUGUACCGUGGUAAAAUCUGCAGAAGGCUUUCUGUCAUCUUAGUUGGAGUCAUCGAACUCACCUUUUUCAUUCUUGCAGCUUUUAAACUGCGUGAUUUGGAUCUCUGGUAUUUUGUGAUACCCGGUUUUUCUAUUUUUGGAAUUUUCUGGAUGAUCUGUCAUGUGAUCUUUUUUAUAACUCUUUGGGGAUUUCACACAAAGCUAAAUGACUGCCACAAGGUGUACUACACCCACCAUGCAGAAAACAACAGCCUUGACAGAGUUAUGGCGUCUAAAGGAAUGCGCCACUUCUGUUUGAUUUCGCAGCAGCUAGUGUUUUUCAGCCUUGUCGCGACUGCUGUUUUGGGAGCUGUUUGCUGGCAGCCAACCAAUGGGAUCUUCAUGAGUGUAUUUCUCAUCGUUUUACCUCUGGAGUCCAUGGCUCAUGGGCUUUUCCACGAGCUGGGAAACUGCUUGGGAGGAACGUGUGUUGGGUAUGCUGUUGUGAUUCCCACCAGUUUUUGCAGUCCUGAUGGCCAACCAACUCUUCUUCCACCUGAGCAUGUACAAGAGUUAAAUCUGAGGUCUACUGGCAUGCUUAAUGCCAUCCAAAGAUUUUUUGCAUAUCACAUGAUUGAGACAUAUGGUUGUGACUACUCUACAAGCGGACUGACCUUUGAUACCCUUCACUCCAAGAUCAAGUCUUUCCUUGAACUUCGGACAUCAGAUGGACCCAGACAUGAUACCUACAUUUUAUACUACAGUGGUCACUCACAUGGCACUGGUGAAUGGGCCUUGGCAGGGGGUGAUGCUUUACGACUGGACACACUGUUGGACUGGUGGAGAGAAAAGAAUGGUACUUUCUGUUCUCGACUCAUCAUCGUUUUAGACUGUGAGAACUCUCAGCCUUGGGUUAAAGAAGUAAGGAAAGUAAAUGACCAGUACGUUGCUGUGCAAGGAGCAGAAAUGGCCAGAGUUGUAGACAUUGAGGAAGCAGACCCUCCACAGCUUGGUGACUUCACCAGGCAAUGGGUUGAGUACAACUGUAACCCUGACAGCAACAUCAGCUGGUCCGAAAAGGGACGUACAGUGAAAGCAGUGUAUGGUGUGUCAAAACACUGGAGUGACUACACUUUGCAUUUGCCAACGGGGAGCGAUGUUGCCAAACACUGGAUGAUAUACUUCCCACACAUCACCUAUCCGUUAGUACAUUUGGCAAACUGGUUUUGUGGUCUCAAUCUGUUCUGGGUCUGUAAAGCAUGCUUUAGGUGCUUGAAAAGACUGAAAAUGAGCUGGUUUGUUCCCACAGUGCUGGACACCGGACAGGGUUUCAAACUCGUCAAAUCCUAAUUAGCAACCAAAGAGAAAAUGAAGUGAGAGCUCUGGGACCUUUCUCACUGUACUGUACUUACAACUUUUUAUAUGAGCAUUUUCUCUGAAAAAGUCUGCUACACUCACUUUAAUCAGCUCUUUGAGCAGCUACAGUAUAUGCAACAGUUAAAAACUGCAGUCUUAAACAGAAGAGGGUCAGACUAUGGUGUUUGAUUUUUGUUGGUGGUCUGUACGUACAUAUGUAAGAGACUUAUUUAAUAUGACCAUGCAUUUUGGAGACAGUUCACACGUUCAUAGGUGUUACUUAAAGCAGCCUUCGUUCAGAGUCAUCAGUUUGAUGGACAACAGCUCCUGCGAAUGUCACAGCAUGCUUUUUUGUCAUUUACAUCCACUGUAAGGUUCAUAUACAGGAAAGGAACCAAGCUAAUAUUCAAAUCAAUUUAUAUGUCCUUGAAAUUAUAUGUGCAAUCAAGGGUAUUAUAAAACAGCACUGAGCCAAAAAAAUAGAAGAAUGAAUAGCCAUUGUAGGUAAGUAGCUACCAAGAAUCUUUAGUUUUAUUUGCCUUUACACAUUUAGCCCCUGCCUCAGUUCUCUACUGCAUCCGUGGAAAUUUGCCACAGAAAACAAGGAAAUCGGACAAUCCUCUGAUGUUCUGGCGCUGCUAGGACAAUGUUUGCUGAAGUGCAGUUCUAAAAAAUUUCAGUGUUACUUUCCAAAUUCAGUAUCUUGCUGGUGAUCUUCUUUUAUUACUUUUCUUUUUAAUAUUCACAGUAGUUAUUUCAUACAUGGAAUAAAAAGUGCAGUGAGUUUUUCCCUCGCCAGUUAAGGUGGUUCUGGCUUUUCCUUCCUGGGCCUCUUACUAGUUUGUGUUUUGAAAAGCUACCCUGAAAGAAAGAAAGAGAAAAACAAAACUCAAGGAGAAAAUAAUCCAUAGGUUAAAAAUGGAAAUAGGUGUUGCCUUGCUUCUAUGUUUAUCUGAAGUCUUUGCCAUGCCUAAGACCUUGACUCUAAAAUGCUGACUACAGAAUUUGACUGAUGAGUUCAUUAUCUAUUAAAACCAUAAGCAAAGUUUGUCAGAAGGAAUGUAUUAUGCCCUUAGGACGGGGGAAUCCUGAGUAUUCCUCCACUCUGUUCUCCCAGCCACAAGGUCCUAAUCUUAAUUCUUCCAUUCACAGAGCUAGAUGGAACUCGAGAAAUCCUGUCCCAGCCUUUCCUCUUCAGUCAGAGAAGCUGCAUAGCUUUCUGAUCUCAUUUUCUCAAGCACAGAAAAUGAGGAGUGAAACAACUAAGCAGCUAAGUCAGUACAGUUUGUGGUGGGGUUUAUGCAUAUGUGUGUGCAGUCCAGUAUACCUAGAGUUUACUUUACAUUUCCAUCAGUAUUUUAAUAAAAAUGCUAGGCAUUAGCUGAUAGGUGUCUAAAUGACAACUUGUUAUUAUUUUUGUAAUUUAAAUAUGUUAAAAUACUUUAGGAGUUCUUUAAGACUUCACCAUCAAGAAUUUUUCUAAUUCCAUUUGAACUUUUUAGCCAGCUAAGUUAAAGACUCUUCUAACACUGAUACCAUUAGUAACUCCUGAAAAUAAAAUGUGUGAUUAAAUUGAGAUCUGCAAUAGCCAGAGUAAUUUGCACCCACCAACUUAAAAAUGGUGGUUUUGUAGGAUUUACAAGUGACAGCCACCAAGUUUCUUCAUUAGUGUGUAUUAUACAACUUUGUUUAGCAAGAUACCAUCACCUAUCCCACUUUGCCUUUCUUUGUUCCCUUCCAUAAAGUGAAAAGGGGAUUGAGAGAUGAGAGGAGAUGUCCUACCAAGACUCAGUUCCAUUGGGUCUUCUCUAAGUAAAUGUGAUUGCAGCUUGUCCUGGAUUCAAGAGGUGGCUGUUCUCAGUAAGGACAGAGAGUACUUGUACCGUCUAACAUCAGGUAUCAAACUUAAGUUCCUAAUGUGGGAGCCUGAGGUAGGAGUCAUCUCAUUUAAAUUCAGAUGUCUGAAAGCUAGACAUCUGAAUCCAUGCUUAGUACCAGAAGUGCUCUACUGCUCAUUAACAAAGAGAAGUAUUUCCAGAGGAUGACUCAUUUUAUCUCUGUUUUAGAAUUAAUUUUCCUGUGAUUGUGCCUAUUAGAUUUGUUUUGGUUUUGCUUUCAUAUCCCAAAGGUCAAGCAGACAAGUCCCUUAUGUCUGUUGAAUAACCUUAGAGCACUUCUGUUCUAAGUCAUCCUCUGGAGCCUGGGCUGGGUACACAGGCUCCUUGUUCAAGCACGUAAAUUGGAUACUUGAAGUCAGGCUGAACGAGCAUCCAUUGGGUUGCAGGAGAGCUGCAUUGUCUCCUCUGCGGAAGUCAUUUUCAGCCAUUUCUGGUCAACAGCCCUUGAGUAUAGAGAAAAAAAAUAACAUAAAGGCAAUCAUUUGGUUUGUAAAAUCACUGUUAUUUUGGCUGCUAUUGCAGUAAAAGUUCAUCAGAUAAACAGUUCCAACUGGGCAACUGGAAAUUUUUAGCACAGUCCCUGUAAAGCAACACCAUAAUACCUAAUAGUCACCCUGGGGACAUUUGAAAGUCAAGAUCAGCCACAGAUCAACCAUAACAUACCCUGCCAAUUAUAAUGGGUAAAUCUUACCCUGUACCUGCUACUGCCAUGUUUUUAUGGACAUCUUCUGUAUUUUUCUUUUUUUACAUCAAGGGGAACAGGAGAAGUGUGAGACUCCUGACCUGUCCUGGGACAGGGAGCAGUAGCCGCCCUGCAGUGCAGCCGUGGGCCUAGGUUUGGGCAGGACAAAAUCAGCAGUUGGUGCUGAUCAUUUACCUCUGUUUAUUAAAUGGUUUGCAGCUUGCUUAUCAAACUGUUAGAUUUUCUCUAGGGUAGGCUGAAAGUUAGAUAGAGCCAGCUAAAAAUACAGCAGAAAGAUUAUUUGCAGAACUAAUCACGUGUUUGCAGAUCUGUUUCCAUUUCUCAAUUAAAGAAUUCUAGUUUUCUGAAUUUGAAAUAGUUUUAACGUGUGUUCCUACUUUUGAUUGUUAUUUUUUUAAACAGCAAAGGCAUGGUGAAAAUGCUGGUUUAAACUAAAAGAAAUGUUUACAGCCAUUCAAACUAUGAGGCCUUUUUGGACAAAGAGACUGUCUUGUAUGUUUUAAAACACAAUAAAACCAGGGCUGUGGGAUGAUGAGCCUCAGGAAUUCACGAGCACUAGUUUCUCACUCUUACACUGACUAAUAUCAAAGCUUCCUACUUGUGACCCACGUUCCCAGGUGGAGUUUUUCUCCAGCUCCAGGUGCUUGUGCACCUCUGCGGGUCUCUGCCCAGCCCCAGGCGCCCGCCUGAGAAACAAUGCACCAGGAGCUCCUAAUGCUAGUGAGGAGUGGGGAGUUAUCCCUCUGCUGUUCCCUGUAUGAAAUACUGGGGCAACACCUGAAAGAGAAAUUUAAAUCCAGUUCCAAAGAAUGUUACAUCUGCUAUCAGUUAUGUGCAUGUCAUUUAGUGGUAACAUGCUUACAGAUUGUCUGGAUGGAGAAAAUAUGAACUUUUUUGAGAGGCUUGUCUCUGUACUGUAUAUUCAGACAUUUUGUUAUAAAGGUUGUUAUAAAUUUAUAUCACAGUAGUAAUUUUAUGUUGACUUUGUUUCAUUUACCUUCUCUAUAUUAGUCUUGCUGAAACAUGCAACUGCACUGAGUCCUACCAAUGUAAGUCUUUCUUUGAAAGGAAUUCAAAUUGCAAAUCCACAGCAGUAUUUUUCUCUCAACAAGUAUUGGGGAAAAAAGCCAUUCUUCAUCUUUGCACUACCAGAGUUACAUAUUUGCAGUUCCUUGUGCUUUGUAUGCCUUGUGAUUGUGGUUGUCCACUUUAAAGUUUUUCCCAGAAAUAAUUUCUUCACGUUUAUAAAGUUUUCCCUUUAUUUUGCAAAGCCAUAACUAAUGCUACACUAGUUGUAAAGCACUUCGAUUGCCAGCAGUAGACAAUGUAACUGGGUUAAUUUUCUUCUUCAUAAAUAUCUUUCUGUGGGAAGGUUUUUACUGGAUGUACUGAUUUUAGAUCUGUAAAUAGGGGGUUUUUUGUGUGUAUUUAUGAUACCACUUAAAUAUAUUUUGCUGGUUUGGAUGCUCA